GAACUGUCUGAGUCGAGCGUCUCUCUUCUCUCUUCUCUCUUGGUGAUGGUGAAAUGGCUCUGAUCAUCCUCCUCUCCUUCUGUCUGAUUCUGGAAGUUCAUCCCCAGUAUGUUUCUCAGCCUCAGCUGGUGGUCUCUUCUACAGAGAGAGGGUCAGUACAGCUGGACUGUAAGACUCCGUAUGCUGGAGUGUCUCAGUGUCAUUUCUAUCCAGAGAAGGAUUAUAAAAAUCUAAAACACUCUCUAUCCUGUCAGCUCUCACUCACUGACUCUGAACUGACCAGCUGGACAGGACGCAGUUACAGUCCACCUGAACCAGUCAGUGUUAUUUGUUACUACAGUGUGAGUGAAUCAGGACUUACUAAACCUUCUCCUCACUCUCUACCAGCUACAGUCCUGGAGGCUCCUCAGCUCUCAGUGUCUCCUUCAGUUCUCACAGAGAGAGGUUCAGUACAGCUGGACUGUAAGACUCUGUAUGCUGGAGUGUCUCAGUGUUAUUUCUAUCCAGAGAGAGACGAGACAAAUAUAAAACACUCACCAUCCUGUCAGCUCUCACUCACUGAUUCUGAACUGACCAGGUGGACAGGACGCAGCUACAGUUCACCUGAACCAGUCAGUGUUAUUUGUUACUACACUGUGAGUGAAUCAGGACUCACUAAACCUUCUCCUCACUCUCUACCAGCUACAGUCACAGUCCUGGAGGCUCCUCAGCUCUCAGUGUCUCCUUCAGUUCUCACACAGAGAGGGUCAAUACAGCUGGACUGUAAGACUCCGUAUGCUGGAGUGUCUCAGUGUUAUUUCUAUCCAGAGAGAGACAAGACAAAUAUAAAACACUCACCAUCCUGUCAGCUCUCACUCACUGACUCUGAACUGACCAGGUGGACAGGACACAGUAACAGGUCACCUGAACCAGUCAGUGUUAUUUGUUUCUACACUGUGAGUAAAUCAGGAGUUUCUAAACCUUCUCCUCACUCUCUACCAGCUACAGUCACAGUCCUGGAUAAGAAACCAGCAGUGAGUGUCAUUAUGACAGUCAGUAUGAAGAGUUCACAGCUGUGUGUGAAAUGCCGCUGUCAGGGUCAGUAAGAGCUGAUUUUAGAUGU